AUGUGGUUGAGGUUCUGAGUGCUAACAGUUUGCUUCGAAAUAGCUCCCUUGUUAUCACUGAAAAAUUCCUAUUAGCAAAUCUUCAAGGUUUUGUGUUAUAGUAGUUGUUAGCUUCGGGAAUGACGUUGCCGUGGAUGUCGCUGGUUUUGCUACGUUUGGAUGACGCGUAACUAAACGUCACUUACAUACAGGAGGAACAUCCGACUGAUGCUUGGGAACAAUAUAUUUCAUCUCUUGGAUUUUAAGCAGCAGUGUCUCAUGUUACUUCUGACAGAAAUGCAUAGCCCACCAUGUACAGAGGAUAUUUUAGUGAUUGAUGAGGAUAGUGUUAACUGCCAACACAUCACUGCUCUCAGUGUUCACCUAAGCAUAUAAAAGAAGCUUCCUUCAGAUGUUUCUGAUGUCACCAAUCAUCACAACUCAUUCUUAUAUUCAUUUGUUUAUUACUUGAAGACAUUCUCUUGACUUUCUGCACAGAGUGUCUGCCGGAGAGUGAAUAGCCAGCAUGAAAACCAGAUCUAGUAGCAGAGGCAGAGGGGAAAGCUGUUCACUCAAGAGUACGAAUGAAUCAAGAGGAUGUGCAUCAGACAUCAGUCAAAGUGCACAGCAUGAUAAUACAAAUUCUAACAGAAGUUUUAUAGAAUUGACCAAAAACAGCAGGAAAAGAAGGCAUUCUGAUGUUACAUAUAGCAGUAAGGAGGACCAGCUUACAAAUGUUCUAAAUAAAACAGUGUCAGUGGUGCUAGAGCCAUUUGAUAUGGAGAAGCGUAGGAAGAAUGAAUCAAGAGGAUGUGCGUCAGACAUCAGUCAAAGUGCACAGCAUGAUAAUACAAAUUCUAACAGAAGUUUUAUAGAAUUGACCAAAAACAGCAGGAAAAGAAGGCAUUCUGCUGUUACAUGUAGCAGUAAGAAGGCAGCGACUAACUACCAGGAAGAAUCCGAACAUGACCAGCUUGCAAGUGUUCUAAAUAAAACAGUGUCAGUGGUGCUAGAGCCAUUGGAUGUGGAGAAGCGUAUACAGGCUAAAGUUGCAAAUCGCAAUAAAAAGAAAUGCAUCAGUAAUUACUCUGUCAGAGAUGUCAAAAUAACUACUAAGAGUUCGAAUGGUUGCAGCACAGAAAAUCAAGAGCGCUCGACAACAGGAAGCAUGGACUCUCGAAGCAGUGAAAGAUGUUUGCAGAAAUCUACUCAUCAUGACGGCAAAGAACUACAUAAUAGUGAUCAGAAGAAUGUAGCAUCGCUCAGCUUGAGUCAUGAUGAUGACCAGGGGUUGUUGGAGAGUUCGACCCAUCAGAGCAGAAGACAGUUGUGGGAUGCUUCCCACAAAAUGAGUUCAGAAUUUCGCCGAGAACGCCGUAAAAUAUAUAAGAAGCCAGUUUGUACAUGUUGUGUAGGAAAAGAUAACAACAGUGGAAAUGAAAUAAGAGUUGCAAGUGAUGGCUUGAAGGCAAAACAUAACAAACAUAUGGAGAAGAGCAUCAGAAAUAGUGAUGUAAAUAGAGCAGCCAGUCGUACCCAAAAAAGAAAAACUGUUGUGGGUGCUUCUCACAGCAAAGUAAAAGAUGCUGAUUAUCAGUAUGGAGGCAGACCACUAACUACAGAGCACAGCAGUACAAGCUCUGAAACUAUCACAACUCUCAAGAUGACGAGUGAAGUAUUUAAAGAUGGCCAGUCAUCCAGAAACAGAGAGAUUAACAGCCACAGUAGUAGGUCAGUCACACCAACUUCAUGUUCUGUAGCCACAGCACCUUUGCAGAUGACACACAGUGCAACUUCACAACCUGCACAUGCACUUACACAUUUAGAAAUGCACCCAUACUUGCGUCGACGGUCAGCAUCAGCACCUCCUCAGUUACAGUUGGGUGACACUUUUCGAAAAACUGUUGAUGUGUUUGCGCGUUUACUUCAGGAUGUGGCAGCACAUCUGCAGAAAUGUGCUAAUAGAGUUGGUGAUACAUUAAGUGACCGUAAUUUUGAGCAUACGGUAGCUGGCGUUUCUCACUUGGUGUCCAGCUGCACAUGCCAUUCACCUAUUGGGUGUUUACUAUAUAGCAUUAAUAUUAUGAAUGCAUUAAAAAGUAGACUGUCUGCAGAAUUAAAUGUGGUUUCACUAUCCAAUGGUGAUGCAGUACAGCCAGCAGCAGCAGGCACGCAAUCAAAUGGGAAUUUAAUGGGAAGAUUCCAUCUAGAAGCAAGCAUAAAAGAGAAGACCAAUACAGAAGCCAGUGUAGAAGGAGGUGGUAUAUCUGAGUCUGCACCUCAGUGUGAUACCACAACAUUAACAACGAAGUCCAGAAACAUAUUGUCGCCUGCUGAGACCUGCAUAAGCACAUCACACAGCACUUCUCUCACUGAAGAGACAAACGACACACCAUCACCAGUAGGUAGCACUGAUAAUGCACAUAUUGAAGCAAGUAUCAGAGAAACAGCCCAACUGGAAGCAAACACAAAAGAGAGUACCAGCACAAUAACAUGUAUAACAGAAGACAAUGUCUCAAAGUCAGCAUCAGAAUAUGGUGCAACGUCGUCAUCAGUUGAGCCCAUAAUCAUGGUGUCAGCUGCUGGGACAUUUACUAGUACUAGUUCUUCACCCACUGGAGGCCCAAAAGAAAUCCUGGACCUACAUGAAGUGGAUACUGUAGUUUCUGAUCAGAAUAAUGUAAAUGGCAGAGUGGAUGAUAGAACAGGGUGUGCCAGCUCCAAGAGUAAUUUAAUGUGUGGGAGUGCAGAACAAGUUCAAGAUGGUGAACGGAAUACUUUUGACUCCGUAUCUCUCUCUAUGGAAGAGAUUGAAAUAAAGGAAGAAGUUGAAACCUCAGAAAGUGACAGUGAAUUAGAGUUGUCUGAAAAACAGUACUCACAAAAUGAGGCAGAAUCAGAUGCAGGUAGUUGUGGUCCUGAAGGGGAUGAGACAGACAGAGAUGAAAAUAUGGUUGAGGUUGAGUGUAACAUUGUCGAGGCCUCAGAUCUAAGUAACCACACCGGAAAUGAAUCGCAUAUGAAAGAUCUGAGAAUGGAGGCACAGCAUGAAUAUGACAAUAACAGCACAGAAAAUGAUGUUGCUGAGGAUGCUACUAGUAAUGGAGUGAAUACUGCUCUUGCUGUCAACAGGGGAGAUGAUACUGAUGCAGUCAACAAUACUGGAUACAGUGUAAGUGGGGAUGAUGAUGGUGAUGUGGAUUAUGGUGGCAACAGAAAUGAAGAUGUUGAGGACACAAUUGAUGAACGGUAUGGUGGCCACAUUAAUGAAGACAAUGUUGGGGACGCUACUGCUGAACAAGUUGUUGCCCAAGGUAAUGACGACAGUGUUGAGGACACCGACACUGAAGUCAUUGGUGGCCACAGUACUGAAGGCAGUGUUCAGGACACCAGUGCUAGUAGAUGCGGUGAUGGCCAUGGUACUGAAGAUGGUACUGGGGAUGCCAAUGCUGCCGGGGAUGAUGGGAACAGAAAAGAAGACAAUGUUGGGGAUGCUACUGCUGAACAAGUUGAUGCCCAAGGUAAUGAUGACGGUGUUGAGGACACCGACACUGAAGUCAUUGGUGGCCACAGUACUGAAGGCAGUGUUCAGGACACCAGUGCUAGUAGAUGCGGUGAUGGCCAUGGUACUGAAGAUGGUACUGGGGAUGCCAAUGCUGCCGGGGAUGAUGGGAACAGAAAAGAAGACAAUGUUGGGGACGCUACUGCUGAACAAGUUGAUGCCCAAGGUAAUGAUGACGGUGUUGAGGACACCGACACUGAAGUCAUUGGUGGCCACAGUACUGAAGGCAGUGUUCAGGACACCAGUGCUAGUAAAUGCGGUGAUGGCCGUGGUACUGAAGAUGGUACUGGGGAUGCCAAUGCUGCCGGGGAUGAUGGGAACAGAAAAGAAGACAAUGUUGGAGAUGCCAGUGAACCUGAGUUAAUUGAUGGCUCUCAGUAUAAUAAUCCUUGGGAAUUUGUUGAACAGCCUUAUGGUGGAGGUUAUGCAGGGCCGUACUAUGAAGAACUGUAUGACCCUGAUGUUGUGGCUGUCCAUGCUUUGGUAAGCACUGUGCGACAUUGGAAUGGUUUGCCAGAUGGCCAUCUUUAUAAGCAGAUGGAAAUUAGAGUAUAUGGCGGAGGCGUCUGGCGAGUUUAUCAGAUACCUAAUCGUCAAUGCUACUAGUAAUGCAGCCAAUAUUGCUCCGGCUGUCAACAAUGGAGAUGUUACUGAUGCAGUCAGCAAUACUGGAUAGAAUGUAAGUGAGGAUGGUGAUGGUGACAUGGAUUACAGUGGCAACAGAAAUGUAGAUGGUGUUGGGGACAACACUGCUGAAGCUACUCAGGACCAUAGUAAUGAAAACAGUGUUGGGGAUGCUGGUGCUACCGAGGAGGGUGACAACAGAAAUGAAGACAAUGUUGGAGAUGCCAGAAAGAAUACCGGUGCUAGGAAUAACACACAUGGCUCUUUGGUGGGCAGCAUUCUGGUGGUGGUUACACGCAAUGUGACCAUCGCCAAUUUCAGGACCCAACGUCGUGAUUGUCCAUGGACUGUAUGAAUAUUGUGUCUAGCAAGUGUAUCAUAUACCAGGAUUUUAAUUGUUCCUACUUUUUAGUAAUAUUGACUAUUAUACCAAAGAUGUAGACUGAAAAAGAAUUCUAUGACAAUUUUAGAAUUGUAUAUGUCGUAAAGAAUACGUUAAAUACAUUUUCAAUAAAGUCCC